AUGAGUGAAGUUCGCUCUAAGGUGCUGCGGUGUAUAGGCAUUUGGCGGCAAUGGGGCGUAUUUAAGAGGGAGUUGCUGCAGCAGCACCAGCAGCAGCUGCAGCCGCUGCUGCAGCAGAUAGAAGCACCGGAGCGGCUCUGGUGCAGCGAGAGACACAAACCUGCUGCUCCUGCUGCUGCAGCAGCAGCAGCAUGGCUCUCGCUGCUGCAGCUUCCUGCGUUGAGGUGUCUCCUGGAGAUGCCCUCAGGGGAGAUCGCGUUGGCCUUCGCACAUUCUGUCUUCGCGGGUGUUUGGAAUAAUUAUGCUGCGGCUGCUGCUGCUGCACCUGCACCAGCAAAACCAACAGCAGCAGCAGCAGCAAUGGCAGAGUCAGGCGGAGAAAGUUCUGUCGCUCUCGCUUCAUCAGCAGAUGCAGCAGCAACGGCAGCAGAUGCAGCAGAGUCAGCAACAGCAGCAGCAGCACCAGGAGACAGCUCAGCAAAGAGGCAGAGGACUCCGAGUGGCACCUGGCAGCCUUCUGCUGGAGCAGCAGCAGCAGCAGCAGCACCAGACUUAGGGUGUACGGACAGCUCGCUGUCGCUGCAGCGUUUGCGGCUGCUGCCGCUUGAUGACUUAUUUAAAUGCUGCAGAAUAUACGAAAGAGCUUCCCGUGUCAGUGGCCAGGAGUAUCUGCUGCUGCAGUCGCUGCUGUUGGAUCUCUCCGCACUGCUGCAGCUGCAGCAGCAGCAGCUGCAGCAGCUAAACAAAGAAAUGUUGCAGUUCACGAGCGAAGAAAACGACAGCAUGCAAACGGAUGAACAAAUGCAACGCCAUCCCCAGCAAAACCAACAGCAGCAGCAGAAGCUGCAGCAGCAACAGCAGAAACAGCUACAGCAGCAGCAGCAAAUGCUAAUGCAGCAGCACCACCAACAGCACACCUAA